CCGCCAGCUAGAGAGGCUCAGUGUUACCUUCUUUUGCUGCUUGGGUCCACACUGUUCGUAGAUAAUAGUAAGGACCGCGUUUCUGCUGUUGUGAACUUGUUUGUGAAGAGGCCGGAUAUGCUAGGAGAGUAUGCGUGGGGGGCAGGAGCACUUGCUUAUCUGUACAGGCAGCUUGGUAUUGCCUCCCGAGCGGAGGCUAAGGGAGUGGCGGGUUGUCUGACUUUACUACAGUGUUGGAUUUAA